GUGUGCGUGUGUUGUGUGUGUGUGUGUGUGUGUGUGUGCGUGUCUCCCUCUCUCUGUGUGUGUAACCCCGCCCCUCCCGGACACGUUGCCCAGGGAGAGGCUGCACGCGCUCCUGUCUCUAGUACCCGCCCGCCUCAGCUGCUCUCAUGGUUUCACUCCAUCAUCACUUCUCUCCGCGUCCGGACGCUCGACGCUGCGGGUCCUGGUCUCCCGAGCCGCGACACUUCAGCCCGGGUCCGUGAUGCUCUCUGCUGGCUGAGGGUCCAACUCCAACAUGUCCACCUCAGACUCGGAUUACUCCAUCGACUGGCUCGCCAGCGAUGAGGAAGACUACGACAGCUCCAACGGGUCAAGUCCUCGGGACGGAGCGGAGCUGGUGUCUCCAUCCUCUUCAUCCUCUUCAUCCUCUUCAUCAGGAGAACCUCGGACGAGCUGCUGCCCGGCUGCAGCCGCUCACAGUGACUCCUCUGACUGUAGAGAUGGAGGUUCUCCGUCACUCAGUCCACUUCAGGGAUUUACCUCAGUUUCUACGCAGCAGACACUUCCUGUGGAGUCACGUGGUUCAAACAGGAAGAGGACACACGGCGCCAGUUUGGACGAACUCUGUGAAAAACCUCAAGAAGACACUGAAGAUGAGCUGUUCUCGCUCAAGUGCUCCCAGCUGCAGAGCUACAUCCCCCCUCUGUCGUCCAUCCUGCGCAGCCUGAGGUCAGGACGCUACUCUGAACGUCUCAGCACUUUUCAAGAGGGCGUCGCCAUGGACCGAAUCCAGAGGAUCCUGGGGGUCCUGCAGAAUCCACACACGGGUGGACGCUUCCUCAGCAUCGUACUGAAAAUAGAAGAAAUGCUUCAAAGUUGGUUUCCUCAUAUUAAACCAAAUCCUCAGACGGACGGCAGCUCGUCGGCCAAGAAGCAAAAGCAUCAUCAUCACAGUGCCUCCCCCCCUCCUGCUCCUCCUGCUCCUCCCUGCUCCUCAGACGUGGAGCCGACCGCCUCCUUCUCCUCCUCUCACCUCACAUGGCUUCACUCGUCGCCCGUCUGCUCCGUGAAACCUCUGGAGUCGACGCCCGGCCCUCUGGACCCCCCCUGCAGCCAGGAAGUGACCCAGGACAACGCCGUCUCCUCCAGCACCGACUCGCACACGGGGCCCCGGUGCCGCUCCUGCACUCACCCUCGUCUGAGCCAGGGGGCGCUGCCCUUCAAGAUCAGCUCCCCUUGUCUGGAGCGCCUCCUGCAGGCGAAGGACAGCAUCAUCGCUCCCAGGACUGUGGGAGACGGAGGCUGGUUGUCAUAGCCGAUCUGGGGUCAGAUCUCACGCGGCGUCCAGAGCCCAAGAUGCUAAAGCCUUAAACUAAAGCAUGUUUCAAAGUCUUCGGAACCUUUUCAUCUACAUGAAAUGUAGAAGAUCCACAGUUUUCAGGGUGAAACUAAAAUAAAGACACUGAUUGUUCCUGCUUGAAAAGAUGUGACGGGUGUUUGUCUGUGAGAUGAAUCGUUUCCACUCGUCUUCUGAGUGAAAAGGUUGAAACAAUCGUCACGGACUCGUUUCCUCGACUGAACGGUUCCUCUCAAACAAACAUUUAUGAUCUGAAAAUGAAUGAAUCCCGUUCGGUUUGAUAAAACUGAGACUUUUCAUACUGAUGCUUUGACUGUUAUGUUCCGUUGAUCUUUUUAGGUUUGCUAUGAUUCCUCUACCUCAUUCUGAAACCACGUCACAGCUCCACCGACACCCGAGACCACGUUCAGUCAGAGCUCCAGAAAAACUAACUCUCCAAAAUGAAUCAGUUUGAAAUGUGACAGAUCAGAGGGAUUUGAAAGACUUUGGAUAAAUGUGAAGCUCAGAUUUUGAUUUAUCGAUGGUCUUUCUUCUUUUCCUCUGAAUGUUUCAUUAACACGUUCUCUCACUCUGACCACGUCUGUAAACCUUUUCAUUUAAAUCACCAGAGGAAACUUCUCAAAUGAUUCUUAAAGUUUCAUUUCUCUUGUUCUGGACAGAAGCUCCUGAAACGUGGACAAACACAAACAGGGACGUUUGUUCUAAAAACACUCAAAUGUAUAAGAUGUUUGAUCUGACUCAGGAUUUCUCACCAUUAUAGAAAGAAGCAGUGAUUUCAAUGCUGAGUGAGUCAUUCAUUUAUUUUGAAACCCUGUUAAAACGAGGGGAAAUCCACUGUUUGCUCUGUGAAUUUCAAAUUGACAGAAGGUUUUGAACCGUGUGCUUCUCUCAGAGAGAAUCCAAUAAUGUAGUUGUCUCAAAAACUGAACUGAGACAUAAACGUGUGGAAUAACUUUGUAUUUAGUAAAGUUGAGGCUUAGUUUUAAAGUUUGAAAGAUUCAGCUGCGACUUGUGAACUGAGUGAGACGAGGAAUGAGCGGAGCUGGGAGGACGCGUCGUGUCCUCGCAGCGUCGUGUCCUCCAGCGUCGUGUCCUCCAGCGUCGUGUCCUCGCAGCGUCGUGUCCUCGCAGCGUCGUGUCCUCGCAGCGUCGUGUCCUCCGCGUGGUGUCUGCAGCGUGGUGUCCUCGCAGCGUCGUGUCCUCGCAGCGCGGUGUCCUCCAGCGUCACCUGAGAAAAGCUCUAUCCUCAGAUUAUGAAUCUCUGGGUACGGAUUCGCACAUUGGUCUUUUUUCCUCAGCUAACCACAGGGGGCGCUGUAUUUACGUGUAGAUUGUGAAUUAAUCAAAGAAUUUCAAGUUAAAAAAUUUCCAGACUCGUCUACACAAGUUUUCUUCCAAACGUCUCGUACGCGUGCGACGUAACGAACACGCUUCUAUUUUCACCUGACGACACCGACGCGUGUUUAAAUCACGAAUCUUUCAAAUCAAGUUCAUUUUUUCACUUCACGUCUGUUUUUUUAAGUUAAGUUAAGUUAAUGAAGGAAAAAAGACUUUAAAUAGAAUCACUCGUUUCUCUGUUUCAAAGUGAUGCAGUCAAACGGCGCCAACUGCUGGUCAAACGUUGGUAUUGCAGCUUUAUGAAUCGAGUUCAUGAACAAUUAGUAAAAAUAAGUGUGGCUUCAUUCUUCUGAAGAUCGACUCUGACUCUAGAUUCUGCGUCAGACCAAACGCUCUGGAGACGUCUCUGAUUCGAUGAAGGGAUCAUGUGACGCGGUCACGUGAUCGUGAUUUAACGCUGCAGCUGAUCACAUCUCGUUCGACACCGAACCGGAGCUGAGACCUUUUUCUUGUACAUAGUUUUGUGUUUUUUUAUUCCCUCCCCUCAGAUAUAGACUUUGUGAUAUUUUGUAUUUCUGAAAUAAAUGUGACGUCUUCUUUCUGA